UUGUUUUUGCAAAGCCGAAGCCCAAGAACACAAAGCAAGUGAACAGAGUCGCGCCGCCAAGGCCGCUUGCAAAGUGAAAAGCUGAGAAGCAGCUUCCGUUUCCGUCAUCUCUGCGUUUUAGUGAAGCCCUAAAUACCGAAGCAACGUUUAGCUUACUGCAUCGUCGUUUCAGGACUCAUAACAGUAUCAUGGCGUCCAUGAUAUUCACUGACCCUUCGUCGGCCGCCGCCGUCCACCGCCUCCCCUUUACCCGUUUCAACAACGGCUUCAAUCCCCUUCGCCGGUGUGUGAGCCCACUUCAUGUUUUCUCUCCCAUCCCUACCCUUCCUCGAAUCCUCUCCGUCCACUCUCCUCGUUCUUCCCGUUUCGUCACCGCUUCAAUGGCUAUAGAGUCAUCUGCUAAGGUGAUCGAUGGGAAAGCGGUGGCAAAGCAAAUAAGAGAAGAGAUAAGCGGCGAAGUGUCGAAACUGAAGGAAUCAAUUGGAGUUGUCCCUGGAUUGGCAGUUAUUCUAGUUGGGGAUAGGAAGGACUCUGCUACUUACGUGCGGAACAAGAAGAAAACUUGUGAAUCUGUAGGGAUUAAUUCCUUUGAAGUGCAUUUACCUGAUGAUGCUUCUGGGGAAGAAGUUCUCAAGUUCAUCUCUGAUUUCAAUGGUGAUCCUUCGGUUCAUGGCAUCCUUGUUCAUUUGCCUCUACCUUCUCAUAUGAAUGAGCAGAACAUCUUAAAUGCUGUUACGAUUGAGAAAGAUGUGGAUGGCUUCCACUCAUUGAACAUUGGUCGUCUUGCCAUGCGAGGUAGAGAACCGUUGUUUGUUCCGUGUACUCCUAAAGGAUGCAUAGAGCUAUUACAUAGAUACAGUGUUGAUAUUAAAGGAAAGAAGGUUGUUGUUAUUGGCCGAAGUAAUAUCGUGGGGAUGCCCGCUGCUCUAUUACUACAAGUAAUGCUU